CCGGAGCCUAAAUAAGAGCGGCGGAAUAAUUUGUCGGUAUAAAAAGGCUUUAGGGCGAAUAGAAGCAUGACAUCUGGCGCUACCUGUCCGGUGUGCAUGGCGCACGGUCUUACUGUUACUGCUGCAGCACACAGAGCACAACAAUCGCGCAGAACAAACUUCCUUCCUUCCUGAUCUCUGACCCGGGUGAUCAUGCAUCUCGUGCAGGUUCUGAUUUCUCUGGGUUUCGUGGUGGCGUUCGGUCCGAUGGCGCGCGCUGAAACCGGAACACCAGAGCAGCACCAUCAGCACCACCACCAGGAACAGCAGCAGCACCAUCACCAACACCACCCACCCACCACCACUUCCGCCGCAGCCGUGACGGAGGAGCGCGAGGCGCAGUGCUCGGCCACCAGCGCGUGCGCUUUCCGCCAGCACAGCAAGCAGCUCCGUCUGCAGGCCAUCAAGUCCCAGAUCCUAAGCAAGCUGCGCCUCAAACACGCUCCCAACGUGAGCCGAGACGUGGUCAAGCAGCUGCUCCCCAAAGCGCCCCCCAUGCAGCAGCUGCUCGACCUGUACGACGUGCUCGGGGACGACGGCAAGUUGGGGAGCACGCGCUCCGACGAGGACGAGGAUGACGAAGAGCACGCCACCACCGAGACCGUCAUGAGCAUGGCCUUGGAGCCCAACCCUGAUGUUCAAGUAGACCACAAACCGAAGUGCUGUUUUUUCUCCUUCAACCCAAAGAUCCAAGCAAGCCGCAUUGUAAGGGCACAGCUCUGGGUACAUUUGCGCCCAGCAGACGAGGCGACAACGGUGUUCUUGCAGAUAUCGCGACUCAUGCCUAUCAAAGAUGGGAGAAGGCAUGUAAGAAUACGUUCACUGAAGAUUGACGUGAAUGCAGGCAUCAAGUCAUGGCAGAGCAUCGAUGUGAAGCAGGUACUUGCAGUAUGGCUGAGGCAGCCAGAAACAAACUGGGGUAUUGAGAUCAACGCAUUCGACUCCAAAAGCAACGAUCUCGCUGUCACCUCAGUGGGGCCUGGAGAAGAGGGACUGCUCCCAUUCUUGGAGGUCAAAAUUUCUGAAGUCCCCAAGCGAACCAGGAGAGAAUCAGGACUAGACUGUGAUGAGAAUUCAUCCGAGUCCCGCUGCUGCCGCUACCCACUCACAGUGGACUUUGAAGAUUUUGGCUGGGACUGGAUUAUUGCCCCGAAGCGCUACAAGGCCAAUUACUGCUCAGGCGAGUGUGACUAUGUGCACUUGCAAAAGUAUCCACACACACACUUGGUGAACAAAGCCAACCCACGUGGUACUGCCGGCCCUUGCUGCACGCCCACCAAGAUGUCUCCAAUCAACAUGCUCUACUUCAAUGGAAAAGAGCAGAUCAUCUAUGGCAAGAUCCCAUCCAUGGUGGUGGAUCGCUGUGGCUGCUCAUGAUUGAUGUCCCCGUACAAGGACUCGAUCCGUUCCAUAUCCAAAUGUUUCCAUUUGGACUUCUUUAUCACACCAUUCAACCAUUAUCCAUGCUAACACUGUGCAAUAUGCAAUAGAACCAGAAUAGCAGCAAGACAUCCACAGAGACAUCCACAGAGACAUCCACAGAGCACCACUUUACUCUCACUGACUUUAUUCUUAUUCGUUGACGCUAAAUCAGCAUCCUGGGGUCAGAUGGUCACAUGGACAUGAAGGAAUGUAACAACGGUUCUACUUGGAGAAAUGGACAACAAAUAUAUUUUAUACAUAGCUCAUAGUACAAAAAAAAAACAUACAUAUUAUACCAACCAACAUGCUCAAUAAUAUCCAUUUAGUUCUGUUCUUACUCCAAACAGCUGUCUAACUGUAGCUGUCUAGUAUCCAAGAGCAACACAGAGGGACUCAAGGACACUUUUGAAAAAAAAAGGAAGAAAAAAAAAAGCUUGAAAAUCUGUCUGAAGAUUUUAAGCAACCUGAAGCAAGUCUUCACUUUACAAUAAACACAACACACCAGUUAAUUGUAUCUCAUUUCACUACUCGACUGCUUGAACCUGCCCUAUACAGCACUUGAACUAUAAUUAUUAUAUAAAUAAGCAUUACUGGACAGAAGGACUUGAACCAGAGGCACUUUGAAUGCAGUCUACAUGUUGAAAUGUGUUAAAGACAGCGUUGUCGUCGUCAGUAAGUGUGAAUGUGUGAGUGUUAAUAUCGUAUCGCAUCACUUACUCUGUCUCAAACCACAGUUUGCACUAUGGCAGACCAAUAGAAAGAAUUGGUUGCUAAAAUAAUAAUAAAAAAAAGUUGUAAAAACUGA